AUGGCAAUUGUCGGUGCUAUUAUUGAUGUGAAGAAUGGUACAUUGACCAUGAAUGUGUUUGAUGAGACAAUAGCAUUCAAAGUGUUUGAAGCCUCCAAGUUUCCAAGUGAUGAGCAUGAAGUUUUCCAUCUUGAUGCAAUUGAUACUAUGGUGAAAGAAGCACUGCCAAUGAGUUAUUUGGAGUCCAUUGAAGCAUGCAUCACACAAAGCAUAAGGAAAGAAGAAGUGGACAGCUUAGAGGUUGUGAUCGCUCCUUUACUUCUUGAGCUUAUUUGCAACAUGGAUAGCUACAUAGAAGUUGGAAAGAGGUAUACAAACCAAUUUGAAUCAUUACCCCCACCUACUAAUAAGGUUUUACCUUCUAUUGUGCAGGCACUAGAGUUGGAAUUAAAGCAAUUGCCAAAACACCUUAAAUAUGCUUAUUUAGAUGAAAAUGAGACUCUACCUGUCAUCAUUGCCUCACACCUUGAACCAAAUGAUGAGAAGAAGCUUUUGAGAGUUCUAAAAGAGCACAGAACCACAAUUGGGUGGAGCAUUACAAAUAUCAAAGGUAUAUACCCAACACUAUGCAUGCACAAGAUAUUAUUGGAGGACAACACAAUGCCUGAGAGGGAUCCCCAAAGACGUCUCAAUCCAAACAUGAAGGAGGUGGUAAGGAAAGAGGUAAUGAAGCUUUUAGAUGUUGGUAUUAUUUAUCCUAUUUUUGAUAAUAAAUGGGUAAGCCCAAUGCAAGUUGUUCCCAAGAAGUCAGGUAUCACAGUGGUGAAGAAUGAAGCAAAUGAGCUUGUGCCUACAUGGAUGACCACGGGCUGGAGAGUGUCCAUCGAUUAUAGGAAGCUCAACACAACAACAAGCAAGGAUCACUUUCCUCUUCCAUUCAUUGAUCAAAUGCUUGAGAGAUUGGCUGGCCAUAGCGACUAUUGCUUCCUUGAUGGAUAUUUAGGCUGCAAUCAAAUUGCCCUAGCCCUAGAGGAUCAAGAGAAGACGACCUUCACAUGUCCAUUUGGCACUUUUGCUUAUAGUUGGAUGCCUUUUGGUCUCUGCAACCCCCUAGCCACUUUUCAAAGUGAUUCUUUUGAUCAAUGCUUGCAUAACUUAUCCAAGGUGUUGGCUAGAUGUGAACAAAGUAACCUUUUGCUUAAUUGGGAAAAAUGUCAUUUUAUGGUUAACCAAGGCAUAGUUAUUGGUCAUGUCAUCUAUAGUAAAGAAUUGAGGAGCUUGCAAGGUGCAGCCGGGCUAGGAGUUCAAAAUCGGGCCUGGGCUUUGAAGCUUGGAGGCCGUAGCAGUCUGAGCUUCUCAAGAUUGCGGCCGGAUGGAACCAGCUGGGCACAAUUUGGCAGCCGGGCCUCUCAAAUGCAAAAAUGGGCAGCAAGGCGGCUGGGCAAGGCCAAAGAAAAGGGGCCUUGUGAGAUGCGGCCGGUUAGCUCGAAUGGAGUUGGAAAUCUCAGCCGGAAUUGGAGAAGUUCGCAACCGUGA